AUGUGGCAGAAAGGAGCUCUUGUUGAUCCCCUACGAGAGAUACAACAAAGUACUCUGCAUGAAAUUACAUAUACUCAGGAAUACCACAACCGACUAGGGCUGCGUGUGCUGGCAGCCACCUACGGCUACUACAUACAAACGGACAUCAUCACGCCCCUUAUGACCUGGUCCUCCUUCUGCAUCACCUUCGAUACCAACUCUUCCCCCGUCAUCUAUUUCAACGGUAACAAGUGGCGGGAUGAUGUGGAGCGUGGUGGCACGGCGCACUCCACGGACUCCGCCCUGAUGGAUGUCAACGGAAGUAUCGUCUUGGGUCAGGACCAGGACGCCCCGGCCGAUGUAUACGACGCCGCUCAGUCUUUUAGCGGUGCUGUAACGGACGUGAACGUGUGGUCGCGCAAGCUUGAAGACCAAGAACUGGCCAACAUCUCCGGCUGCAGGACCCGCGGCCACGGAGACGUGAUCGACUGGGACCAAGCAACCUUCGAAAUUGGAGCUGAUUCAUCGGAGGUGGAGAUGCUGAUCAGCGAAUCGUGUAAUAUAUUCCCUCGACCAUACUUUACGUUCACGGACAAACUCGAGUUCAAUGACGCUGCCGGACUCUGCCAGGCCUUCGGAGGAGAGCUAACGACACCCAAGGAUGCCCAGCAGCAGGAGGUGGUGUACAAAAUGGCCCAGGAGACCAUCAAAAUAUGUUCGAGUGAGGGCGGCCCACUCAUGUGGCUUGGCAUCACGGACCAGCACUCGGAAGGCAACUGGCACUAUCUUCGCUCCAAUACCGACGUUUCCUAUGUCAACUGGGCUCCUGGACAACCAAACGGAGGAACUUCGGAGAACUGCGCCGUCAUGAAAGGAGAAACGUUUGAGGGUCAGUGGACGGACCAGUCAUGCCGGAAGAGCUUCAAGGUGUGCACAAUGUGUUCCAUUCGGAUCCCGGUCUUCCUCAGGUUCCGGGGCAUCUGUGAUUCUACUCUAUAUGAUGACCGCUUCGUACUGGCUGGGACGCUGAACGAGAAGCCGUACUUCAGAGGCUACUACCGCUCCCACAUAUACUACACUGCUGACAGUCGCUGGCGCCUCGAGAACAUUUUGAUCAACGACACCUUUGCCAGGAUGGAAGACGACGGGUCACUGGACUUCCCGAUUGGGCGUCAUCACUGGAAGUUCUCACACGGGUUUUGUAGGGAGGAGAAAAGGGUGCCACAGAGUCUGACACUCACACAGUGUGCAAAAGACACUGAGUUCACCUGCGACGACGGGACCUGCAUUCCCAUCAACCAGGUAUGCGACCGUCGGGUACAGUGUCAUGACAUGUCAGACGAGCUGGACUGUUCCACUGUGCUGCUGCCGAAGGGUUACCAGCCUACCCUUCCUCCCCCCAGCAUCGACGGUUACUCUCCUCUACCUGUUUACGUCAACCUCACACUCAGUUCCUUCGCCAACAUCGACGCCAUCAACAACAGGUUCACGGUGGAGCUGCUGGUGCGCAUGAUCUGGAAGGACCAGCGCCUCCAGUUCAAACACCUGCGACGCGACCGUCAGCUCAACAUAAUCCUGCCCAGUGAGGCGGAGACGAUGUGGGUUCCCAUCGUCGACUUCCUGAACGCGGAGAACAACCAACACACAGUGGUUGAUGCUGACUGUAAGAUCACCAUCAAACGGCUGGGUGAACCCGUGGGUGACAACAUUGAAAACUCAAAAGAAGCGAGGAUCUAUGAGGGGAAGGACAACUACAUCCGCAUCUCGCGCAAGUACACCAUCGUGUUCCAGUGCCCCUUCAACUUCUUUUACUACCCCUUCAACACUGACUACUGCUCCAUGAUCUUCAGGAUCAAUAAGAACACCCAAAAGUACGUCUCCCUUGAGAAGUACGGCGCUGGAAUCCGCUACGAGGGCACGGACAGGCUGGCAGAGUACGUAAUCGGAGGACUGAAGAUGAACCGCAUGGUGACGGACGAACCUUAUAGCGGCCUCGAGACCCUCAUCCAGAUGAAGCACCUCUACACCACCCAGGUGGUGACUAUCUUCAUACCAACAACACUCAUCAACAUCAUCUCUUUCGUCACUUUCCUCUUCAAGUGGUUCGACUUUCAGAACCGCAUCAUGGUAUCCCUGACGGCGCUGCUGGUGCUCUCGACGCUUUUCUCACAGAUCACUGACACCCUACCUAAAACAUCCUACUUCAAACUUAUUGACAUCUGGUUCUUCACCUCCAUCGUGUUUGCUUUCCUCACCAUCCUGACACACACCAUCGUCGAGUACAACCACCACUACAGCUCACCCACAAGUCCAUCGCCCACCACUUUCCUGCCGGCGAAGGUCCUCCCAGUCGGUGAGAGUCCCAACAACAUGAUGAUGAUCACGAACACCAAACAUCGUAUGAACCGCCCAAUCCUCAUCAACAAGAUUGGUUACUCUAUUAUACUUAGUGUGUACGUGAUCAUUUUCAUCAUCUUCUGGACUGUUGCCUUCACUCAGAAAAUUGCAGAAGAUACCAAGGUGUUCAUUACCAAUGAAACAGUGAUAAAUGGGUAUCCAGAGUAGAAUGAUGCAGCAGCUUGUCUGACAGAGCCACUUACACUACUUCUGUCAAUCUCUCUAGUUCAUGUACUCUACAGUACCUCGUAAUUCUAUUGUUUGUAAUUAAAAACAAAGAAACUGUAUUUUUCCUUACUUACAGUCUUAUUAGUCGUUCCUUUUCUUAUUUAAACACUGUAAGCAUAUUUAAUAUUCUUGUUUCCAUGCGACCUAUAUUAUUACCAGUCACCACCUAUUUUUAUUUAACAUAAUUUAACUGCUCAUGUUAUGAUAAAUGAAGAGCAUUAAUCCCUCCCCCACCCCACAGACCAUCGCAUCAACGGAUGUUUCUACACAUACACGUAUCCCGAAUUUCGAACUUUUUUUUUUUAAUAAAAUAUUGAGUGAUUUAUGAACGCUCUCGUGUACUUUGAUAAAAUAUAAAAGAUUAUUUAUCUGGCCCGGCUAGAAGACCUUAGCUAUGUUUGUGUUUUUUUUUUCAUGUACAGUACAGAGCAAUUGAGCUACUUACUGUAAAGAGAUGAACUAUCGUAGACACUAUUGACUUAAUUAUUACAAAGUGAUCAGUUGGGAUAAGUAUCACUCGCAUAUUUAAUUCUACACAACCAAAAGCACAUUCAUUUAACUCACUCUUAUUAAUCUGCUAUAACUUUUCAACGCAUUUCAAAAUUCUGUAAAUGCGCUCAGAUGUGAAACGGUAAGUUAGAGAAAUGUACCUGCCAAGAAACUUCCUCCAACAGAACACAUCUUUGACCUACAACUACUAAGGCGUAAUUAACAUCUAAGAAUAUGGCGAGAAGCUGUCAUACCAGUGCACCAAUUCCUUAACUCGGCGGGGAUACGAGAGAGCACCAGAUGAGACAGCUGUAUGACCAAUGAUGAUAGAACAUCCUCCAGUUGCACCAGAACUUUUGAACAGCCUUGUGUAUAACUGUCCUCCUACGUGUUGUGCUCUGCAGUGCAAACUUCUUACCAAUGAACAACCAUGUACUUCAGCAUGUAUCUGAGUGUCAUCGUGUGUUACUGAUGCAUCGGAGGAAAACUUACAUUUACAAAUCCUCUAGCACUUGCUAUUCUCUGUGACAGUGACUCUGAAUCAAAGUAUUUUUAGAAUCAUAUUUGUUUGUGGGGAGAUAUCUUUAGUGGCGUAAUGCCUAUCUUCUCUGUGCUUAUCAUAAAUAGGUAUAAGAAAACUUUUGUCAGCCAUUUUUAUUUGCCAAAGAAAUUUUUAUUGAACUUAAUGAUUUCCUUUAUUUUGGAAAUUAGAUAUAAACAUACUUUUGUCUUGCAUUCUUUAUUUGCCAGGUCCCUUUGCCAAAGAAAUUUAAUAUUGCACAUAAUUAUAAUUCAUUUGUCUGCCAUUUGUAUUUGCCAUAUUGAAUAAA